UGCACCGAGGAUGAGCCCCAGCGAGCCAGGCUGAGGUUUGCCUGUGGAGCAGGCAGCACGUCCUGCCCAGGGACGCUGGCCCUCGGCAGCACCUGCAGCUCCCAGCGGCAGCCCCUGGGCCAGCUGCCCCGCACAGGUACCGACCAAGCGCAGCAGAGCUGCUCCAAGGACCACGCCAAGCCCCUGAGUGUUUCUGAGGGGGCUUCACUCCACAGCUUUUCCCUUCUGGCUUUGCAAGGUCUGACUUCUUUUAUUACUAUUUUUUGAUCUGCUCCUGUCUUGAGCAACUGGUUGUUGUUGCGGAGGUCACCGAGGACUGGUGGAGGCUCCUGACUGGCGUUGGGAACUAUGACAGCAGAAGUGAAUGCUCCUUAAUAAGGGAUUUACUGAAGAAGAAAGACAAAAUGCCUUUCAAAGGGCUUGGUUCACUGAAAGAAAGAUUUUUUAACCCGGGAAAGGAAGAGGUGAAGAACACCAUUAGUGACUCGCUGGGGAACCUGAGAAGGAAGAUCGAUGGCACGCACGUGGAGGAGGAGUCCCUCGAGCUGACGGCGGAGGGGCGGCCCGUGGUGGCGGGCGGGCGCCGGCCGGCACAGUGCGAGUGCCGCUGCUGCGGCCUGCCCAAGCGCUACAUCAUCGCCAUCAUGAGCGGCCUGGGCUUCUGCAUCUCCUUCGGCAUCAGGUGCAACCUGGGCGUGGCCAUCGUGGAGAUGGUCAACAACAGCACUGUCUAUGUCGAUGGAAAGCCAGAGCUGCAGACAGCCCAAUUCAACUGGGAUCCAGAGACUGUAGGACUCAUUCAUGGCUCUUUUUUCUGGGGUUACAUUGUGACACAAAUUCCAGGAGGGUUCAUCUCAAACAAAUUGGCUGCUAACAGGGUAUUUGGGGCAGCUAUCUUUCUAACAUCUACACUGAACAUGAUCAUCCCUUCUGCAGCAAGAGUGCAUUAUGGCUGUGUGAUGUUUGUAAGGAUUCUUCAAGGUUUGGUGGAGGGCGUCACGUACCCGGCCUGCCACGGGAUGUGGAGUAAGUGGGCCCCGCCACUGGAGAGGAGCAGGUUGGCUACCACUUCAUUCUGCGGGUCUUACGCAGGUGCGGUGGUGGCCAUGCCCCUGGCAGGUGUGCUGGUACAGUAUAUAGGAUGGUCAUCAGUCUUUUAUAUUUAUGGAAUGUUCGGGAUAGUUUGGUACGUGUUUUGGCUGCUUCACGCCUAUGAGAGCCCUGCUGCACACCCAACAAUAACCAAUGAAGAAAGGAUAUAUAUAGAAACAAGCAUAGGAGAAGGAGCCAGCCUAUCUAAUGCAAGUAAAUUUAGUACUCCCUGGAAGAGAUUUUUCACUUCAAUGCCAGUUUACGCAAUCAUUGUGGCAAACUUCUGCAGAAGCUGGACCUUCUAUUUGCUCCUUAUAAGCCAGCCUGCUUACUUUGAAGAAGUCUUUGGAUUUGCAAUAAGCAAGGUUGGCCUUUUGUCGGCAGUUCCUCACAUGGUCAUGACAAUCAUUGUGCCCAUCGGAGGGCAACUGGCUGACUUCUUAAGGAGCAGGAAAAUCCUAACCACUACCACUGUAAGGAAGGUCAUGAACUGUGGAGGCUUUGGGAUGGAAGCAACCUUGCUUUUGGUGGUUGGUUAUUCUCACACAAAAGGUGUGGCUAUCUCCUUUCUGGUGUUAGCAGUAGGCUUCAGUGGCUUUGCAAUUUCAGGCUUCAAUGUGAAUCACUUGGACAUAGCUCCUCGUUAUGCCAGCAUUCUGAUGGGGAUCUCCAACGGCGUGGGGACGCUGUCGGGAAUGGUGUGCCCACUCAUUGUUGGUGCAAUGACAAAACAUAAGACCCGUGAAGAAUGGCAGAACGUCUUCCUGAUUGCAGCCCUGGUUCAUUACACUGGUGUGAUAUUCUAUGCUAUCUUUGCUUCUGGGGAGAAGCAGGAAUGGGCUGACCCCGAAAACCUCAGUGAAGAGAAAUGUGGCAUAAUUGAUCAGGAUGAACUGGCUGAAGAAACAGAGAUGAACAAUGAAACUUUUGUAAGCCCAAAGAAAACGUAUGGUGCUACCAAUCAAAAUAGUGAAGUACAGAGAAGGGAAUGGAGGAAGCAAAAACAAGUAACUCAAGACAUGGAGGAACAGACUUCUUACCAUUAUGAAAAUGGAAAUUUUCAAGAUUUGUCUUAAUACUUGAAACUGUAAGAUUUGUAUAGCUACUCUCCCAUGACUCCUGCCUAUCUGCCCCAAAUCAACAGGUAUCCAUGUUUAUUGUCUUACUCAAUUAUUUAACAUCUAGUCCUGUGGCUGGAUUUGAGGGGUGACAGUUCCCUCCCAGUGGUGUCUAAGAAGGCUAACAACAAUGGGACUGGGAUAAGUGAUCCUAAAUCCUAUCCCAGCCUGCAUGGGUCAGCCAGCAUGACCUUGGGAGAUCAGCCCUGGCAGGGCUCCUGCCUUAUGCAAGCUGUAGAACUGUAGACUGUAGAAUCAAGGAGUUCCCUCCUCACCUCAUCUGAACAGCGAAAGGACAAGUGAUAUCAGAUGGUGGAUGGGCAGUGAUCUAUGUAAUCCCUGGGUCUCCAAUGGUGUCACAGUCUGUAGGGAGUGGCCCUGCUUUGCCUUUUUAGGAUUCCUGUAGAGUGGCAUUUGAACUGCUUAAUCCAUGUCAAAACACAACCUCAUGCUAAAAGAUAAGAGCAGAGGGAAAAGCAGAUUUAUGACAGUAGGCUGUAAUUAAUUACUAAUAGUCACUCCACAGGGUGGAGAGGAACAUGUGGCAAAGGUGGCACAGGAUUGCUUCAACAGUUCCUACAAAUUGAUUAGCAGAUAUCUUUAUAUGCACACCCCACAGAGUAUGGAAAAGACAAUAAAAUGGAUACUUUAAAAUUUUCUCCCCCUCCAAAGAUUUUGCUCUGGCAUGAAAUAAUUUUGAAUACAAAAUCAUCAUUAGUGACGCAAUAUUAUUAAUCCUUAUGAAAGGAAAUGGAAAUCUUAGCCCUGGUUUGAUUGGGAUUUUCACUCAAUUCAUUAUUGUGAAGUAAUUUGCAUAUAUUUUUCUAGUAUUAUACUGAUAGAGUUCCUGAUCUCAACAGUCCUCGUUUAGGUGAACGAGCUUACUUACAGGAUUAAAGUAUUUAGUUCUUGAUCUGUAAAUUUUCAAUGCCUCAGUCUUGUUCUUGCUAUGAAUGAAGCACUGUACCAUUUGAGAGUUAACAGGGUACCUAUGUAUAAAAGUAAUUAUUCUCUGCCAUUGGUACAUAUUUUACAGUAUAAAGUGGCUUUAGCCUUUUUCUACCAUUUUUAGAAUCUAAAAGUGGAGCAUGCUAUAUCAUCUCAAACUAGUUAGCUGCAACUCAGAGACUCACUGUGGCAUUAAUACUCUUUUCAGAAUGGAUAAUUUCAAUAAGCUGUGAUUUAGUCUCUCAUUAUAACUACUGCCUCAUUAAAUUCAAGUGAAAGCUAUCUUGUCUAGCCUACGCUGUGCUUUGUGAUGUUUCAGUAUUAUUGUUCUCGUGUACCAUAUGCAGCCACUGUGAUGCACAUAAGAUUUGAGCGUUUCUCAGAUCCAUUUUGCUAUUUUGUUGAAGUGCAAUUGAAUAGUAUGAGUGCAAUUACACUUGUACACACAUCUGACUGGAUGAUUUAUCUUCCUUACAAACAGGUAUAUUGGGAAGUUAGCUAAUUCUCUGUUCAUGUCCCUUGUUUCUCUUCUACUCAGCAAAAUCCAAUCUGCAACUGUAUAUGAGUAAGAAGGAAAGUGAGUUCGAUGGAUACAUGCCUAAUUUGACUGCAGUGAAGAAUUUUUAAUUGAUAUGAGCACAUAAUUUAAUGAAAGGGGUAGUUUUAUAGUACAGCUCAAUCCUGUUAAAAACCCCCAGUUUAUUAAUAAGCCAUUCAAAAAAACUUGUCACUUUGUUCUGUUAAGUCAGAAAAUAAUAUUUUUUAAAAAUUCAAAACUUCAUUUUAGCUAGAGUUGCUUAUUUAACUACUGGUAUUUAGAACAGGUAUAAGAAAAAUACCUUAUUUCUUUCAUGUGAUAGCUUUUGGGGAUUUAAUUGGCAGGAACUUGGGUGAAAUAUUCUUAUCAGUCUAUCACAACAGCAGGACCAGCUGCUGUCAAGCUAUUUUGCAACAUCCACCACAAUUUACAAAAGAAAGAGGUCCACUACUUUUUAUAUGUGCAAAACAAACAGCUUCUUCCUCCCUCUCCAGUAACAUAGCAUGCAUAUAACUUGCUACAGGUAGUCUGAUAAGGAAAACCAUAAUAUGAAAGGAUUCAAUAUAAGAAUCUGUGUAAGUAUAAUCUGGUGGAGAAAAUAGAAGAUCAUACAAUGUAUUAUUCUAGAAACAGUAACAUUUGCUUAGAAGCAGCAUCACUUUUCCAGUAAUGAUGAAAGGUAACUUUCCUGUCGUUAAGAGGGAUACAAAGAGAGUGAACGUUGCUGUUGUGACAAAGAACUACAAACAUCCCAACAGUUUGGGAAAUGGCCACCUGGCCCAUGAGGGUUCAGUUGCCUCUCUGGUGAGAGUAGCUGCUAUUUUUUCCUGUUGCAGAUGCACCCCAACUGUCACAAAUGACAAGCCACAGCUCAGUUUAGCAGAAUCCACAAAUAGACUGAUUUAAUUCAGUGGAAGUUUGACCUCAGUGGACAUUUGAGCAUUAAUACAUUGAAAGAAAUGUCUUAAAAACAUCUGGACAAGCUUUUGCAUUUAAAAAACCCCUCUCUUUCUUUUCUAAACUUAACUGUUUGCACUAACCCUAUAUAUAAACUCUUACCAGUUGAAGUUACAUACAUGCCAUAGUGCUUUUCCAGGCACUCACGGGGAGAUGUUUGGGCUUUCUCCCUUUCCUUUUCAUUUGUUUAAAUAUUUCAGGUGCAUUGCUUGAAGUGUAAACAUCAGCACUGGUUGGAAACUAGGUUUUUUUCCUGGAAAUCUCUGCACUUAAUCAAUUCUUUGAUUUACACAGCGGCUUCCACAAUCCUGUAUGACAAAGAAUAAAGACAACCUGUUGAAAACAAACUGACUUCGUAGCUUCAGAUUUGCUGGAUGUUUCUAUCUGCAACUUGCUCCAACAGAAUUGCUAGUGGAGUCUAAGAAAAUACAGUCACUGAGGGUGUUUUCCCUACAAAAUGACUUCCUAAAAUAUGUCAGAACUUGGAACAUUUAAACAGUCAGGGAAACUAGGAUAUCCCACUCAGGCUUCUAAAAAGUCCUAUCUCAAAUAGUAGUGGAUGUGAAUAAUUCAAAUGAUAUUUUUUAUGGAGAAAUAGUAGCCUGAUUACACUUCACUUAUCACGUUGAAUAUUUUUCUGUCCCCAUGUCCAAAAUAAUUUUGCAUCUUUUCAAAUAUGACAGAGGUCAUACAAAUCAGUUUGAUUUAGAAAUGGCUUUCUGAUUGCAGGAGAAAGCAAAAUUUACUUUACAUUGGAAUAAAGAUCUUAAGUAAGCCAGAUUCAGCUCUCCAUUAGUUGAAACGGUAGGAGAGUCCACAGGAAUGAAUUCAAAUCUGAGGAGAAAAAAAGCAGUACAGUAAGUCCCAGGAAUAUGUUGUUCAGUGUUGUUAUCUACUGAUCUCUCUUAACAAAGAAAGCUGUAGCUUUUAUUUCUUUGACAGUUUAUAUUUUUAGACACUACUAGAAAACCAUAUUUAAUGAUAAAUAAUACUUCUAUUUUUGUAAGAGUUAAACAAAAUGCUCCUUGUAGUGAAAAAGGACAAAUUAAUGACAGAAAUUAUUUAAAAAUUCACCUGAAUAGGAAUUUCUCUGGGGAAGUAAUCACUUAGUCCAAAAGAAUGUACAUUAUAGAAUAGAUAAUGUACAUAUAAGAAUAUACAAAUAAGAAUAGAAUUACCUUUGGGGUAAAAUAUGUAACAAGGGCAUCCAGAUAUUAACAAAGCACCAGGAGGAGUCUCAUGUGUAACAUCAUUAACUGAAAGCAAAAAGGUAAAAAUUAACUCAAGGUCAGGCAAAAUGCAUGAAGGCUUCAUGUGUGUUUCCAACUGAUUUCUUUUGACAGUUACAGAGAUCUGUAAGUUUAAUCAUUAUUUUAAGAAACAUUUUAUAAAACACCAUAUUUGUUAUCUUUCUUUUUAUUUUCCAUUGAAGAUCUUAAUUUUAGACUACUAAUUAAUUAUUCCUAUUUUCAGAGAGGAGUAUUUUUUGUGAUUCAAAGAGUAGAAAGGAGAAUAGAGAAAAAGAGAAAGCAAAUUGCAACCACAAGGCCAUGCAGACAGAGGGCUGAGGAUGGAUAAGAAAUCAAUUUUAAAAUCCUGGAAACAGAACUUGAAGUUCUCUAGAUUUUGGAGUUAAAAACCUAUAGGAUGUGCCAAGACCUAAUAUUCUGCAUCAUCCUAGGGUCCAGGGAAUUGAGGUCUCAUGUCAAAGCUCAGGUCUCAUGAAAUCAGGAACAAAGGAGAUAUUAAAAACUCCUCAUUCCUAUGUCUUUCAAAUGCUUAUGUUGGAUUAGAUAAUACUGCUGGAAAGGUAACACUGCUAAUACCAUUGCAGCUCUGUGUGUCCAUGCAGAAGACAAGCUUCCUAGGAAAAAUGCUUUCAACUACUUACUGGUAUCAGUUAUUUCUUAACUUCCAUUUGAUAACAGUGUUCAGCUGUGACAGAAAAAAUUGUCUCUUUUUUAUCUCAACUUGGUUUUGUGUUUAUACUGCUUAGUGUUUAUACUGCUUAUCAUUUAUUUGUCCAUGCAAAAUUACAUAAGUAAAGAAGGAAAUUUAUGUAAGAAAUACAGUAAGAUUGUGCUUCUUCAUGCUGAACUACCUGUCGCAUAAUAAGAGCCAACAUAUUUUUUCCACAGAAUAAUUUAAUAUAAUAGGAAUUUCCACAGGGUAUUUUAAGUCUUGGUCACAAUAAAACUUGACCCAUUUAUUUUGUUGAUCCCAUCCCAUAUUUUCAUGUACUGCCCCUCAAUUUGAUUACUCUAUUGGAUAUCUGCAGUAGCUAACAAACUACUUUUGUUUAUGUAUAACCAUAUUUAUCUGUUCAAUAAACUCAGUGUUCAGACACUUGCUGUACAAUUUUUCACAACUAUUUCCCUGUUUUAGACUUAGUUCUGUCUGCAUGACAAAUUUAGAACUCCUCUGAGCAGGUCAUGGCUGUUUUGUUAAAUAUGCGUCAGGAAAACACUGGAACUCAUGAAAAAUACAUCUCCAUUGGCUCGGAGUUAUAGUUGCCCAGAGGUGUCUGACAGAUCUUUAAAGCAUCAGCAAGGAAGGCAACAUUUGUAAACCAGGAAAUAUUUGAGUACCCCCAAUAAAAAUACCUCUGCUCUCUGAAGCUGACAGUCAUCACCAGAAGCAACAUGCCAGGUGCUUUCUCUUGGCUGGGAAUAACUGUAAUGAACAGCAGCAGAAUUAAUGGGAGAAACUUGCUGAUACAGUGCUUAAGAUAAGGAAAACAGGACUUUCUCUUCUUCUGGGGAGGGGACUUCAGUCCCAUCUGCUUGUUCCCUGCACCUCCUCUGAUAUGUAAUCAAAAGAAAAAUGUCUGCAGGUCCUGAGAGACCCCAUUUAUUUCUUGGCAGUGAUCAGUUGUGUAGUUUGUACUGGUACAAAUCUGCAGGGGGCUGGAAGUGGUUUAUGGGCUCUUGCUGAUUUAUGUUGGGCAAGGGGAAAUUAUAGCACUAACAUGAAACUUGAAUUUAAGUGUGAAAGAGAUUAACAUUAAAGAUGAAUAAGUGAAGGACAAUCAGUGUGAAUGGAUGUAAUAUUACUUUUGUGGAAUAAUGCUGCUGUGUGGAGCAGACAUGGGCAACUGGGAGUAACUCCAGCAGGUAGGUUUUCUCUCAACAAGGGAGUGUAAUGGAAUUACCUCUGUCCUGCACUCUUCACUUCCCAUUUCCCAGUGCCCUUUACUGGCUGCAGGUUUACCUGCUACAGUCCUUGGAUGGAGUGCAGAAAAGUGCUGCAAUCACACCAGACCCCUACCUUUACCUUGUAUUUUCUUGUUUUCAUGAGUGGCUUCCCUUGACCCUUGCUAACCGAUGGAAUGGUGAACGAGAAACCAGGGCAACCCAAAGUCAAAAUUAGCCAGGGUUUACAUUUUAGCAUAUUCCUUAUUUUAUUUUAUUUUAUUUUAUUUUAUUUUAUUUUAUUUUAUUUUAUUUUAUUUUAUUUUAUUUUAUUUUAUUUUAUUUUAUUUUAUUUUAUUUUAUUUUAUUUUAUUUUAUU